CAAAGAAUGGGAGAGACAGGGCAUACAGGGGUGAGCACAUUGAGGGAUGAGUGAACAGAAAUAGCCUGGACACAGCACUUGGAGCAGAGAAGAGAGCCAGGUAAGCUGCCCAGGUUCAAUACUGUAAAACUGACUUUGACUAUAUCUACCUUCUGCUUUAUUCAGGUACCAAAAGACAGAGUUAAAGAUUGUGUAUUACAAAUGUUCCCCAGCAAAAACUCUUCAGGUUUUAGAGACAUUUCAUAUAAUCAUUCUUCUUCAAAACUUAAAAAUCAUCAAGCUUCAGGCUGAAGCACUGGACCUGUUACAGAGGUCUAGAGGGAGGAAACUAAAGAGUAGAAGGAACAGCAGGAGGAUUAAGAGAACAAUCAAGGUAGCCAUGAGGACGGCAAGGCGAGCUAGCACCGUGGAGGUUCCCUCCUUCCUGCGACAACUGGUGAGGGAGACUGAAAAGAUGGUCACUUUCUUUUUCAAGGGAGGCCAGGUGGAACAACAAGCAGAAGACGAUUCAGACUCUGAAGAUGAUAAUGAUGAUGUGGAGGAGAUACCCAGCCCUUAUCUGGAGAGGCCAGUGCUACAGAAGCAUACUGCUGAGGGUGAGUCUAAGUGGGGCAUUAGCUAUGCCUUGGCUAGCAUGCAGGGAUGGCGUGCGCAAAUGGAGGAUGCCCACACAUGCAUGCCUGAGAUGACUGAGGGCUUGCUGGAUUGGAGUUACUUUGCUGUGUUUGAUGGGCACGCUGGAAACACUGUGGCUCAGUAUUGCUCCACACAUCUGCUUGAUCACAUCCUUACGACAGGUGGCAUAGCUGCAGAGGAAAAUGUGGAGCAAGUGAAAGACAGCAUCCGAGAUGGGUUCCUAGGCAUUGACCGCCACAUGCAUCAACUUGCCCGCACCAGUGGCUGGGACCGCAGUGGCUCCACGGCAACAGCCGUCAUGAUCUCUCCAAGAAACAUCUACUUUAUCAAUUGUGGUGACUCCCGUACCUUUCUGUGUCGCAAUGGCCAGGUGGUCUUCUAUACGGAGGACCACAAGCCCUGUAACCCACGGGAGAAGGAACGCAUACAGAACGCAGGUGGCUCAGUCACGCUGCAGAGAGUCAACGGCUCCCUGGCUGUGUCCCGCGCCCUAGGAGAUUUCACCUUUAAGGAAGUGGAAUGGAGGACACAGACAGAGCAGCUGGUGUCCCCCGAACCUGAGGUCUAUGAUCUGGAGCGCUCGCCUAGCGAUGAAUUCCUAGUGGUGGCUUGUGAUGGAGUUUGGGAUGCCAUCAGUAAUGAAGAGCUGUGUGCUUUUGUGCACAACCGGCUUUCAGUCUGUGAUGAUUUGAGGGAAGUCUGUUCACAGGUCAUUGACCUCUGCCUCUAUAAGGGAAGUUUGGACAACAUGAGCAUCAUCAUCAUCUGCUUCAGUGGCUCACCUCAAGUGACUCGUGAAGCACUGCAACGGGAAGCAGAGCUGGAACAACUCAUAGAUUGUAAAGUAAAAGAAAUCAUUGAAGUGAUCAGGACUCAAAAUGAGGAGCCUGACCUGCUUCAUCUGAUGAAGUUUCUGGCAACUGAAAACAUCCCUGGACUUCCACCAGGAGGUGGCAUCACAAGCAAGAGAGACUGCAUAAUUGCUGCAUACCAGAAAUAUUCAGCAGCUUUCAGGACUGUUCAGGACCGAGCGGUACGCCCUGAACCGACUGAAACUUUCAUGCAUACUUCUACUUAGAAAUAAGACAAACAUUGAAACUUCUAUGUGCAGAAAAUAUCCAGUCCGAAUAGUCAUUUUAUUUGAGAUAAUACUGUUUAAAAUUGUUGAUUACUUGUAUAACAAUAUUGGUGUGAUAUAAAGAACAGAUCGAUCAGCAACACCACGUUGAUAUAGGCAGAGUUGCUGGAGUUUAAUUAUGGAGUUAUAUGUCAUUUCUUUUCUUUACUCUAGGAUAUUGGUGGCUCAGAGGAUUCAAACUAAUGGUGGUUGCCUUGGAAACUACAUCAAAAGCCUCACUUUCACAUAGCAACAGACUCUAUCAUGAAAAACAUGACAGAUGAACUUUAAUAUGAUAAAAACAAAAAAAGUUAAAAAAUAAAUAAAUAAAUAAUAGCUGGGAAUGUAAAAUGCAGCCAGGCCCAUAACUGCAAAUAUCUAUAUCUAUAAGCAGGGAAAUAGGCAUUUCAGCUGUCACUCUUUCACUGUAGUGACUGUGAAUCCCUGAUUAUGCAGAUUCUUCUUGUAUAUACAGUACAGCAGACAGAGAGCAGAAUCUAUAUAAUGUAAAUAUUACUAUACAUUCUGCAAGAAAUUAUAAACAUUCAUAUGGAGGAAUUUUCAGGCAUUCUGCUUUAAUAUGGACCAGCAAAGAUACUAUACUCUCCAAUAUUACAAUAUGAUAAAUUGAGAUUCUGGAAAAUGAGUUAAUGUCUGAAUGUGUAAUGUGCACCGGUGGAGAAAAUACUGCGCAUGACUACAGUAACAUUCACAUCAAUGUGACAAGCAUAAGGACAGAGACAGAGACAAUGACUCACACCCAAGAGAAC